AUGCGUGGGCUAGUGAGUCAACUCAAGAAUGUGUCGCCGGCAUGCCACCUCAUGCUUCCUGCAUGGCAGCAUGGGGACAGAUAUGUAGAGGCGCGAGGAGCGCGAAGGGGAGAUGCGUGGGCUAGUGAGUCAACUCAGGAAUGUGUCGUCAGCAUGCCACCUCAUACUUCAUGCCUGGCAGCAGAGGGACAGAUACGUGGGAACAUGCGUGGUGGGACAUGCACGGUGGGACAUGCACGGUGGGACAUGCGUGGUGGGGAGAUGGGUGGUGGGAAGAUGAGUGGUGGGGAGAUGAGUGGUGGGGAGAUGAGUGGUGGGGAGAUGAGUGGUGGGGAGAUGAGUGGUGGGGAGAUGAGUGGUGGGAAGAUGAGUGGUGGGAAGAUGAGUGGUGGGAAGAUGAGUGGUGGGAAGAUGAGUGGUGGGAAGAUGAGUGGUGGGAAGAUGAGUGGUGGGAAGAUGAGUGGUGGGAAGAUGAGUGGUGGGAAGAUGAGUGGUGGGAAGAUGAGUGGUGGGAAGAUGAGUGGUGGGAAGAUGAGUGGUGGGAAGAUGAGUGGUGGGAAGAUGAGUGGUGGGAAGAUGAGUGGUGGGAAGAUGAGUGGUGGGAAGAUGAGUGGUGGGAAGAGGUGGAUGGUGGGGAGAGAUGAGUGGUGGCCUUUUCACUCGACUCAAGACGUGUCGCAAGCGCGCCACCCUCGUGCUUAUUGCCUGGUGGCAUGGGAAGGUGGGUAG